AUGGGCUCCACACAAUUUGGCAACUUUCACAACUUCUGCCGGGACUCGACGUUACCCGUUUGCAAUGUCUUGUCCGACGCGCACGACCAAUCUGGCCCAUGGGGCGGAUGUGAGCUCCGCGGCAUCUCUGUCGGAGGGGAUCGCAGGCUUGGCAACCUCGGAUCCAUCAUCAUCGCCGCCCUCGCCAUGGCGACCUCGGCCUUCCUUUUGUUCAAGUCGGAGAGGAAGAAGGCAGCUGUUGGGCGAAGGGAAAUGCAAAUAUUCCUCGCUACCUACAUUCUUAUUUCGCUCGCAGAGAUCUUCACUGUUGGAGAGUUUCCCCUGCCCGACGGCGUCCGCAUCGCUUUCACUGGCAUCCACAUUGGCUUGAUCAUUGCCUCGACCUGGAUUCUCAUGCUCAACGCCCUCGUCGGCUUCCAGAUUGUGGAUGACGGCACGCCACUUUCUCUCGGUCUCAUGGUGCUGUCAGCGGUCCUUCUCUUCGGUGGCACUCUGUACAUCACCCUCGAUACUGGUUUCAAGUGGACGGGCUACUGGAACGACAGCUACAACUCACCACCGAACCGCCACAUCGCCCUCUACGUCCUGUACCAGCUGGUCCCGCUCAUCUUCCUCGUCGCCUUCUUCGUACUCGAGGCCGUCCUCGUCCUCCGCAUCCUCGGCGAGACGAGGCCCAUGAUUUAUUUGACCGCCGCUCUCGUCCUCUUUGCUCUUGGCCAGGUCUUCAACUACGUCGUCAGCUCGCAUAUUUGUGACGGCACCAACGGCGCCAUUGACGGCGCGCUGUUCCAGACGCUCUUCACCCUGCUGUCCGUCGUCAUGGUAUGGAUCUUCUGGUCGAGCAUCACGGAGGACGACUGGCCGAUGCAAGUUGGCACCGCAUACCCUUAG